UGUCCAUCUGUUCACUCCGUUGACGCUUCUCGUCCCUCGCGACCCGGAUAUUUGCUACAGUUCACGCCGGCCUCUGAUAUAAAUCCCUCACCAUACGGGGAUAUCAGCGAAGUAUCUCACUUGGUGGACUCUCUUCUUUCAGAUCGCCGCGUCCAACAUCGGCUGUUCACGCCACAUUCGCUGGGAGCUCUGUAUAUCCGGAUCGUCCAUCGGCUGAGUCGCGCUUUCCGGUCCAGCAGUCUAUGCGCCAUAAUCCAUUCGACUCGCUGAAUCAAUCAUGGGUGUCGCGUGCUGCAAAGAGGAAGCGAUCGACUUCACUCAAGAAGUCGAGCUCGGUCAUUUCCACCUCCUUCGCUCUGUCGGCAAGGGAGCGUUCGGAAAGGUCCGGAUCGUGCAACACCGCGGAAGUCAGGGCAUCUUUGCUCUCAAAUACAUCAAUAAAGAAAAAUGCAUCAAGAUGAGAGCGGUAGAAAAUAUCAUCCAAGAACGUCGUCUAUUAGAGGAGAUUGACUGUUCUUUUGUAUGUAAUUUGCGAUAUGCUUUCCAAGAUGACGAGAACCUGUUCAUGGUGAUAGACCUGAUGUUGGGAGGAGAUCUACGUUUCCAUUUGGACCGCAUGGGGAUCAUGAAGGAGAGCAUGGUGAAGUUCUACGCGGCAGAAGUCGCGUGCGGACUGGCAUACUUGCACAGCAAAAACAUCGUGCAUAGAGAUUUGAAGCCGGAUAAUGUACUACUCGACGAAAAGGGUCAUGCUCACUUGACGGAUUUCAACAUCGCUGUGCGGUUUCGCGAGGAGAAGAUGCUUUCAGCUGUUGCCGGCAGUAUGGCUUAUAUGGCACCCGAGAUCCUGGUAAAGAAAGGAUACCUGGCAACCGUGGAUUGGUGGAGUCUAGGAGUACUUCUCUAUGAGAUGGCCUUCGGAAGGGUGAGUUUUUGUGAUCUACAGCUCAUUUGGCAACAUCUUCAUCAUUUCAAUUCUUUUUCCAAAAUUUAUUUUUGUCAACAGCGACCAUUCCGGGCAAAGACAAAUGAAGCUCUGACACAAGCGAUCAUAUCCGAUGAACUGGAAUUUGCCAGCAACGCCGCAGACUUCGUGAGCCCUGCAGGGUUGGACGCUAUAAAGCAGAUGAUUCAACGGGACAUCACAAAGCGCCUUGGGUGCAAGGGGACCGGUGGAUUUGAAGGCUUCAAGGCUCACCCGUGGUUCAAGGACUACGAUUGGGCAGUGAUUGAGAAGAAGGAAGGCACACCUCCGUUCGUUCCAGACUCGAAGCGGGCCAACUUUGACGCAACACAUGAGCUGGAGGAGCUACUGCUCGAAGAUAAUCCUCUGAAAGUGAAGCCGCGGAAGAAGCGAAAGGAAGGGGAGGAGCGUGAAUACGUUCCAAAAGAAGGCGAAGACCCGACCGUCACGCGCGACAUGCGGAUAAUGGAAGAGAAGUUCACCGUGUACGAUUUCACCAAAGCACGCCCCAACGCAGCCAAGAACGCGGGCCAGCAAAUCACCAUGAAGGCCAUCUCCAACAUUCCCGGGUCAAUACCGGGCGCACCGACCGCCGAGCCAUCCAUGAUGAAGGACGUUAUGGAAGGCAGGGAGCAUGAGGUCUGCAUGACGGGGCUGGAUGGAGAGAACAGCAGCAAGGCUGGCGCUGCAACUCUCGCCGCCGGGGAGCCUGGUGCAUCGGCGGGUGCGCAUCCGGAAAUGCAAAGUCAGAGUCAGAGUCGGACGGCGGGUAUUGGGAUGUCGCGUCCAUAGACUUGGCGGGAAAACUUGGCGAACGGGUCGCCGCGCGGGACGGUGUGAGAAUAGAGGGGUUAUUGAUUGCACGCCGUCCCGCGACACUUUGAC